AUGAUUUUGACACUUCUGUGCACCACCUUACUGCCGGUGGUCGCCUUGGCAAACAUCGACCGACAGCGUGUUGUGUCUCAAUUCAAUGUUGUCCGCACAAGCUUGAUCGAUAACAACACCACGCCAUUGCAAGUUGGCAAUGGCAACUUCGCCUUCAAUGUCGAUAACACGGGCAUGCAGACUUUCCUGCCCUUCAAUACGCUUUCGAGCUGGGCCUGGCACAAUGAUUCGCUUCCAGCCAAUGGCGAACAGCUAAGCGACUACACCGGCGUCCCUAUGCUGACCCAUGGCCGAAACGUUUCCUACGACAUCCCCGACUCCAAGCUCCCGCAAGUCUCGCAAUGGCUCAUCGGGAACCCUAAUCGCAUCAACUUGGGCCGAAUCGGUCUGAAGUACAAGGGGGAGACGCUAUCGGCAGCAGCCAUUUCUGAACCAAGACAAGAGCUGGACCUCUGGAGCGGCAUCAUCACCUCGACUUUCAAAGUGGACAGUAAGGCUGUUGAGGUGGUCACACAGGGCGACUUCGCAACCGACGCCGUCACAUUCCAAAUUGAAUCGGACCUCGUGUCCUCUGGCGAUUUGACCAUCGAGCUCGACUUCCCGUACCCGCCUAUUCACACGACAAAGUACAAGUACGAAGUUUUUGCAGGCGUGUACGACUUCCCGUUGAACCACACGACUCGAAUCGUCAAAAGUUGUGGACGAUCCGACCUGGCUCACAUUUAUCAUGAGUUGCAGGAGACGAGCUACUUUGUCAAUCUGCGCUGGCCUCAUGAAGCGCCUCUUGACCUCUCGCGGGAUGAACCAGAGGGCUCUGAUAAGGUCAACGCUCAUCGAUACACGCUCUCUUCUGUUGGUGGUACUAACCAGACUGCAACUUCUUUGACAUUUACUGCGGACUUUUCACCCCAGAAGCAGGAUCCCAGGCCCCCGGCUGAUGUUCAAGAGGAAAGUAUCGCUGAAUGGCACGACUACUGGAACGAGGGCGGCUUCGUCGACCUGACCUUAUCAUCGAACCCGAAUGCUACAGAAUUGCAGAGACGCAUCAUUCUAUCACAAUAUCAUGUCCGCGUUAAUAGCGCAGCAUCCGGUCAAUCGCCUCAGGAGAGUGGACUGAUGAACAAUGGGUGGUACGGUAAAUUCCACAUGGAAAUGGUCAUUUGGCAUAAUGCCCACUGGGUUACAUGGGGACGAAAGAAAUAUUUCGACAACAUAUUCCCGGAGAUCUACGAGAUUUUACUCCCAUCUUCCCUCGCAAGAGCGAAAUCACAAGGGUGGGAGGGGGCCAGGUGGCCCAAGAUGACGGAGCUAGAAACGGGUGUCAGUUCACCUGGUGGAAUCAAUGGCCUUUUACUAUGGCAACAGCCUCACCCUAUGUACCUGGCAGAACUUGCGUAUCAGUCUUCACCGACCGAUGACACACUCAAGCAAUGGGAUACAGUCUUGACGGCGACUGCUGACUAUUUGGCAUCGUAUGCCUGGAAGAACGAAACCUCAGGACACUAUGACUUGGGCCCACCAUCAUACGGUGUAACUGAGAAUACACCACCUUCACAGACACUGAAUCUAGCCUACGAGAUCGCAUAUUGGAGAUACGGACUUGAUGUCGCCCGCGAGUGGAAGAAGAGAUUAGGUCAGACGGUCCCCGAAAAGUGGACAGAAGUAGCCGAGAACCUUGCUCCGCCGCCUCAAGUCGACGGUCUAUACGCAGUAUACGAGGGUUUGAAUAGCACAUGGUGGCAAGACCCCGCUCUCAACGGGGACCCGCGCAGUCUCAUCAUGAUGCAGGGGAUACUGCCAGACACCCCAGCCGUGGACCCCGACGUCGCACUCAAGACGGCGGACAAGGUGUGGGAGGUUUGGACGGAUCAGAAGAUCCGUGGCUGGGGACGGCCUGUGUUGGCUAUCAACUCGGCGAGGAUCGGGAACCCAGAAAGAGCUAUUUACCACUUGACGGCGUAUGAUUACUGGAAGUUUGACGAUGCUGGCUAUGCUAUUCGCGGUGGAGAUGGUGGCACGCCUCCCCCUUUCAUGCCCGGAAACGCUGGGUUUCUAUAUGCAGUCGCAUACAUGGCCGCUGGCUGGCAAGGGUCAGACGGCGACGCACCCGGCUUCCCUGAAGGAGCCGGAUGGGUUGUCAAGCAAGAGGGACUGCAAAAAGCACCCUAA